AGAGAAUACUCACAGCUGACGAGCAACCCAACACUAUUUUUUAAUGCCAUUUCAUUUUUCAUUGUGCGCAAUAAAGUGAGCUCCCAGUAAACUAGCUGAACCCAAUAUUAACUGGUGAAUCAGCAACAUAAUUGUUAAUAUUUUUAACUAUUUUAGAUUCAAAAGUUUCCAAUCAAAUAUUAAUAUUGCAAGAAGGUCUAGCUAGACAGCAACUAGCAUAAUCAAUAUGUUUGCACAUAAGUUCAUAAUAUGCACGACUUUGCUCCUGUUGAGCACCUCUGUACUUUCCCAGAAGUUAUAUAGCCUGAAAAAUGCAGAUAUUCCCGAGCAGGAAAAGCCGCUGACAUCGAGCAGCAGCAGCAGCAGCACUUCGACGACCACAACUUCAACUACUACCACGACUACCAUGCCAAAUCCCCCAAUUACAUCAUCAUCAACAACAACAACAACGACGACAACCAUCAAGCCACCUACAACAAGCACCACUGCAGCUCCAACAACCUCGACGACUCCAGCUCCUGUGCCGACCACCACGCAUAAGCCACAACCUUAUCCAGCGCCCAGCAUGGGAUCAUGGAACAGCAGCUGCAUUUUGCUCAAUAUGGCAGCACAGCUGAACUUUACCUAUGAGACCAUUGACGGCAACAUGACCACUGGCUUGUUCAAUGUGCCCACCGAUGCGAAAGUGGAUCACUCGAUUUGCGAUAGCCAGACCUCGCAGAGCAUGCAGCUCAACUGGGGUCCCGCUGCCUUGCCAGAAUUUAUAGCCUUGCAGCUGGAUAACAAGAAUAAAUCCAUCUCACUCACAUCAGUACAGAUGCAAAUAACGGUGUCCACCAAAGAUUAUCCCGAUGCCAAGGAGAAUCAAACUGUUUAUUUCAUACGCACAAGCCAGAACAGCGACUUCAAGACGCCCGAGAAGAUGUCGUACCACUGCACUCGCGUCCAGAAGUUCAACAUGACGGAGACCCUCAACCACAAUGAGACCAUGGCCACCAUCAGCUUCAGUCAUGUGCAGGUGGAGGCGUUCCGCCCCAAUAAUACCACCGGCUUCUCGGCGGUGCACGAUUGCGACAGUUCAGAGACCUCCGAUGUGGUGCCCAUCGCUGUCGGCAUUGCCCUGGCUGCACUGAUAAUGGUUGUGCUCAUUUCGUAUCUGUGCGCACGUCGUCGUUCCACCUCUCGUGGCUACAUGAGCUUCUAAGCAAGUCAACAAAUAUAGUUAGAAUGGGAGGCAGAGGGAUAAAGAAGCGGAAAGAAAUCAGUAAGUGCAGGAUAGGUAUGAGGAGAUGUACAAGAGAUACCAGAUAUAAAGUGUGUCCAGGCGUGGAUAGCUAGUGCGUUGUAAUCCGAGAGAGUUGUAAGAUUGAUUUUGUAUUUGGCAGGCACUGUAGGAGAAAAGAAAUUUAGACAUUUGUUGUGUAUCAUAAAUAUUUUGUAAACGGUUCUUGUAAUUGUUCGGUUUUUCUUUUGUAAUUGUUUUUCUUCGUCUAAAUGGAUGACGCGCUUGAAGGAGGGACAAAAUUAUCUGUGUCGAUGUAUGUUUGGCUGCUGACCGACCUACAGAAAUGGAAGAGCGUGGCAUUCGAAUAAUACUUAGAACACAGUUUUUACUAUAUAUCAUAACCUAAAUCCUUUUUACCACCACCUUUACGACACACGACGACAAACGCAAAUUUAAUCACAUGCAUAUUCAAACAAUAGAAAAACCACUUACCUAAUAAUUAAAUGUUCGCUUAAAUUAAAUAGGCGUGUGGCAAAGGUGAAAGUGAGGGCAAGCGAACCGAAAAAAAAGGGGGAAGAACAUGGUGAGACGGCAGAGUGGGCGACACGCUUGUUUCGUAAAUGACAACAGCAACAGCAAACAGAAAAACAGUCAAAUUUUAAAUAUAAUAUAUUGAUUUUAAAUUGUAAACAAAAUCAGCUUAUGUAUUAUUUGCCUUGAAAACGUAAUAAACGAUAAACCAA